ACCCGUUUCGCAACACUCUCCCUCUAUGGCGCCGACCAACUCCGCUUCUUUCUGUUCCCCACUAGGCUCGAAUCGCUUAUUCGCGCAACAAUUCUCUCCUCCUGGCCCCGAGGCAUCUCCUCCUCCUCCACGACCUCCGUAUACCUCGACUUCAGGCUUAAAGGGCUCCCCUGGGGCACAAGCACUACUGAGAUGAGGCUCAUCCGUAACGCCAUGGGAGAUUAUGGAGUCGAGCAGAGCAUCCAAUCUAAGCGACUUGUCUGCUCAAUAUUGGCGGCUUUGCGUAGGGAGGGAUGGAUGUUAACGCUGACUACAGACAUUAGCAAAUCGCCCCAUGAUAAAGACACGCUCGUAUUCCAACACCAGACCCCAGCUCCUGCGCCUUGCGACUGGAUCUCCAUUGCCUUCUCCGGAACCAACCGUCUCCGAUUCAUCGACGCGCCAAUGGAACUCUGCGAAGCCGUGAUAAAGCGGUUAGGGAAAGCAGUCGAAAAGCACAAACGUAUUCCGCGAGUAGAAGGUGCGUACGAACUAAAAUUGCAAGGUGUUGGAUGGGGCGUAUUGGUUGACGAUCUGAAAACAAGAUGGUUGGUAAUGGAUUUGUUGGAGGUUAUGGAAGACUGGGGUUGGAGCGUUUAUGCAAGCGUGGAUCAAAAGCUAGGAUUUGAGGAUAAGGAUUCUUGGCAUUGUUAUAGGGUAAAUGGGUAA